AUGCCAACGAGUAGAGCCGAGAUGCUGGCCAAACAGAACCGAGCUAUCUCCAAGAUCAAGGCUCCAUCCAAGAAAAUCUCCACGUCCGAGUGGAUAGCGUACAGAAUCGACCAGUACAUUUCAACUAGACGAGGACAAACAGCUUCACUGUCGAUACUGGGACUGAUGCUCAUGACAUUAGGAGGAUUCAUUUUAAAGGCUGUGGAGCCAUCGCAUGCGUUGAGGGAAACAGUGUGGGAAGCGUGGACAUAUCUGGCCGACGCAGGCACACACACCGCGCUAAUGGAGGAAGGCAUGCGAAUAGUGGGCGUAGUAAUGAGUCUGACAGGUAUCUUGUAUUUCUCUGUGAUCAUGGGUUUUGUCGUCGACGGAAUUCGAGCCAAGAUGGAUAUGCUCAAGAAAGGCAAAUCGAAUGUUGCGGAGCAGAACCACACGCUUCUACUCGGAUGGUCUGACAAGUCGAUUUCUCUGAUUCGACAAAUCUGUUUGGCCAAUGCGAGUGAAAACGGCGGAGUUGUCGUCGUUCUCGCGGAAAUCGAAAAGGAAGAAUUAGAAGCGGAACUGGAAUCUCAGAUGCGCAAAGAGGAACUUCGAGGCACUCGCGUCAUUUUCCGAACUGGAACUCCGCUGCUGUCGGUAGAUCUCCUCAAAGUUUCAGCCCACCGUGCCAGGAGUAUCAUCAUCAUGGCCAUUUCUUCAGGAGAUGCAGAUCGCUCUGACGCAGCAAUUUUGCGCACUGUGUUGAGUUUAAAGACGUUACCCGAGCUAUCAGGCCACAUCGUAGCUGAGCUGCGGGAUAUUGACAAUGACCCGCUCUUACGACUCGUAGGUGGCAAUGACGUGGAAAUUCUGGUUUCGCACGACGUAAUCGGUCGACUAGUUCUCAUGUCGGCUCGAUCUCCUGGUCUUGCGAGGGUAUAUUCGGCACUUCUGGGGUUCGAAGGAAACGAAUUCUACUUUAAAGAGUGGCCCGAAUGCGUCGGUGUAUUGUUUAGUGGUCUCGCCGAGCGCUUCCCGAAUGCGACGCCAUUAGGUAUCAAGCGGAAGAAUGGCGAGGUGUUUAUUUGUCCAAAAGCAGAUUUAGCAGUCGAAGAAGGAGACGAAAUUUUGGUUUUAGCGGAAGACGACGACACGUACAAAGCGUGUCCUCCUGUACCCAUUGAGGUUGGGCGAGUUCCAGUUCCACCGUCCAAAGUCUCUUCUCAAGAGCGCAUUUUGAUGUGCGGAUGGCGUCGAGAUAUUCGAGAUAUGAUCCAACUACUCGAUGCUGUUGUUCGGCCUGGCACCGAACUGCACAUGAUUUGUGAAGAACCCAUUCAACUGAGAAAUAAAAGCCUGCUGGAGAGUGGUCUGGAUGUCAACACACUUAAGAAUCUGAAGAUUGUCCACCACUUGGGCAACACUGCGAUUCGAAGACAACUCGAAAAACUGCCUUGGACCUCGUUCACGUCGAUCAUGAUACUGUCCGAUCAGUCGCGAGAGACGGAUAUUAUGCAUUCGGAUUCCCAUUCCUUGGCUUCUUUGCUGCUGAUUCGAGACCUGCAAGGGCAGAGCUUGAGAGCGAACAGCGGCUCGGAAGCUGUACCCAAUUAUUGCAAAUGCAUCAGCGAAAUUCUGGAUCCCCGGACACAGCGGACGAUCUCUACGAGUGCUACGAUUCUCAAACUUUCAGAAUUUAUUCAGUCCAACGAGCUAGUGAGCUGCAUCCUGGCGAUGAUCUCAGAGAGUCGAGACGUUCGUGUGAUACUUGAUGAGCUGCUGGGACCACAGGGUGCGUAUUUCGAAGUCGAAUCUUCAACUCGUUACUGUGAAGUGUUCGAAAAAGUGUCGUUCUGGCAGUUGGCAAAGCGUGCGAUGACUCGAGGUGACAUUCUGUGUGGGUAUCAAGUUCGUGGGGCGGAAGAGACGGUAUUAAAUCCGGAAGGUAAAGAUCAGUCGAGACUAUGGAAUAACACGGAUAUGAUCGUGAUAAGGAACGCCAAGAACAUUACAUUGCCGACGCGUAGAUCUUCACUCACAGUGGUGAAUGCUGACGACUUCGAGCGUACCACAAAAAGUCGACAGGUGAAGGACCAGUAUUCUCGACAACGUUUAUUAUCUGCUAUUAUCCAAGACGCCGAUCUAGUGAUGCCUGCCAAAGCAGGUGACGUGGAGCGUACCAACGUCAUGAGAGCAUUGACCAGCUUCGCCGAAGACGACGACGACGACGGGUAUGGUAGCCAUUCGGCAUCUUUCGCAUUUAGCCAGAACCGGCAAACCAAUGUCCGUAGACUCAUCGCUGCUGCAAGAAUGCUCGCUGAUGAGCUCGAACAGGCUGAAAACAGUCGAACUAUGGGCAGCGAAUCCUGCGAAGAGCUUGAUGAAGCCGUGUCUGCAUUCGACUAG